AUGGCUAUAAGAAAUGGUUUUGACAAUGAAUUCAAUACGUGUUAUGUGACCUUCCCGAGGAAAUGCUCAACAACUCUCGUCGACUACUUGCGUGCCCUGGCCUCUGAUUGUGCCGACCCCAAGAUAACGAUCGCCCUCGAUUCGCUGCAUAUAAGGAAACGGAAUCAACGGGAAACUUCGCUCUUCUCUUGUUCAACACUCUCUCGCUCUACUGGACAUUCAACUGCUGGAAGCUCCAUCAAUCGACGUCUCAACCGCGUCUCCGACAACUACUCCACCAAUGCUCCGGCUCCCGAAGAACUCCAGGCAUCUAAAGUAUCCUCACGUCCCAUUCACAAUAUUGAAUAA